AUGUGGCCCACGAAUCGAUGGGCCCCCGUGGUGGUGACCGCCCUGGCGGCGACUCUCCUCCUUCCACCCUGCAGCGCCGAUGCGCCCCUGACGGGUAGUUAUCUUCCUCCGUCAACGAGCUACGGGACGCCGAACCUGGGAGGCGGCGGCGGAAGUUUCGGGGGUGGCGGCGGAAGUUUCGGGGGCGGCGCCCCCUCCUCGAGCUACGGAGCUCCCUCUUCCAGCUACGGCGCGCCGUCGUCGGGCGGUAGUUUCGGGGGUGGCAGUAGCUUCGGAGGCGGCGGUAGCUUCGGAGGUGGUGCGCCCUCGUCCAGCUACGGCGCCCCGUCAUCCGGAGGCGGUAGUUUUGGGGGUAGUUUCGGAGGCAGCUCUCCAUCCAGCACCUACGGAGCCCCGAGUUCGGGUGGAGGUGGGAGCUACUCGGCGCCGUCGUCCAGCUACGGCGCACCCAGCUCGGGAGGUGGGAGCUACUCCGCGCCCUCGUCCAGCUACGGCGCCCCGUCUUCAGGAGGUAGCUUUGGAGGCAGUUUCGGAGGCAGCUUCGGAGGCGGAAGUGGAGCACCGUCCAGCAGCUACGGCACCCCAUCCAGGCCUUCCUCCAACUACGGCGCGCCAGCUUCCAGGCCGUCUUCCGGUUAUGGCGCCCCAUCCAGUGGUGGAUUCGGAGGUGGCAGGCCAUCUUCCAGCUACGGUGCCCCCAGCUCCGGAGGUAGCUUCGGAGGCGGUAGCUUUGGUGGUGGAAGCUUCGGAGGUGGCAGACCGUCCUCCAGCUACGGCACUCCCUCGGUCGGCAGGCCCUCUUCCAGCUACGGCGCUCCCAGCUCCGGUGGUAGCUUUGGGGGCGGCAGCUACUCAGGUGGGGCACCCUCCUCUAGCUACGGGGCACCUUCUGCUGGAGGUAGCUUCGGAGGUGGACGACCCUCCUCCAGCUAUGGGGCACCCAGCUCCGGUGGCGGAUUCGGAGGCGGAUUCGGCGGCGGAUUCGGCGGCGGAUCCGGGGGGUACUCCGGAGGUGGUGGACGACCAUCCUCGACCUACGGCGCUCCCAGCAGCGGCGGAGGCGGUGGAGGACAGAGCUACGCCAGCAACGGAGGCUACCAAUAUUAAUCCCGACCGAGAGCGGCCCCUUAACUGACUUCAGAACAUUCCGAGAGCCUUGACACAACUGUACAAUAAAUAUAAGGAGCAAGGUCAAGUCGCGGUCUAAGAUCGACCGCCAUUCUCGACCGGGCGGCGUUAAGCAACGAAACGUCGUUCCUCGUUCCUUAUAUCGAUACCUUGGAACAUCCAACAGGGAUUGUCGCAAGGGGAAGAAUAACUUUUCAACGCACGACCAAGACAACUAUCCAGCUGUCUGACGAGCGUCGAAAAAUUAGCUUCUCGAGGAAGAGCGAAGAAUUCGAAGAGCUUACCCUGAGGACUGCCACCUCGAAGGAGUCCUCGAAGACUCGAAGCACCCCACGAAAGCCACGAGGCAUCCUUUCGACUAACCGCGACGAGACCUCGGAGGAGAGGCCAAACCGCCUUUCGACCUGAACGAGACCUGGUCCGACUCGAAGAGACCUUUUCUACUCCUUUUUCUACCCUGAAGAGCUUCCGGAGCUUCCGGGAAACUCGAAAUUCCCGCACCGCCUCGAGGAC